AUGUACAAGGAGUGGCAAAGGAAUAGAGCCACGGGAGAAAGGCCUGGCGGCCGGAGGACGGGAAUGAGGAACAGUCCGAACGUCACAAGACCAGCCGGGGUGCCAGGCAGUUCUGGAAACUGGUAUUAUGUUGGAGGGCAUGGACCUGGUCAUGGCUAUUCCUCUGGCUAUAGCCAGGGUUAUGCCUAUCCCCCAGGCUACGUCUACGGCUAUGCGAACGGCUCCGGAUAUGGAAGCGUGUAUUACGCGGGUUUCCCUGGAGAGACCUGCUAUGUCAACAUUAGCCCGGUUGGGGAUGGUGGGGGUCAGAUCGACUACCAGGCUCAAGUUUCGGUUUCGACCAGGACUGACCCCGACUUCCGGCAGAGUGGCACGAACCCGCUGGCAGCUUCUUUCAACCCCGCCAGCUCCCGUGAACAACCAGGUCAACACGCCGAUACAACGGUCAGCAACAACUCCCGAGCAGUCAACAAGACCACCAAGGAGACAACAGGUUAUUAUACCCCAAGCACCGCACGAUCCCAAGUUUCAUUCCCUCUCGACGCUCCUCCGGCGCUCGCACCCACACACCCACACUCCUCCACCCCGGCCGUAGCCGCCUCCAACCUCAACCCCGAUGCCGUGAGUUUCGCACCUGUCGACCCCCAGCGCCAGACGGAUCCUACAAUUAUCAAUGCUCAGGGAGGCGAUGCGCUUGGUCGGUGGGUGCCAGGGAAGAUGGUGGGAACAGGCGAGGAGGAGGAAGAGGAGGCCUGGGAGGGAGACGAUGGGUGGGAUGAAGAAGAGAUUGAAAGGUGGGGGAGGGAGUUGCGGGCGGAUAUGGAGCGUUGGUUGGAGAGCAUUAGUGAAUAG